AUGGGUUACUACUGCUCUAACUACUACGGCUCCAUCCACUGCCACAACACUGUCUCCCGAUUCGGCGAUAGGUGUCAUCUCUGCGCAGUAUGUUCUCUCACUCACCACUCACUCACAGCUCAAAAAAUACUCAUCAGCGACCAGGCAUCAAAACGCGGCGCCGCCAUCAAGGAAGGACUCCUCUCUGAAGCUGAGCGCUGGGGAUCGGCUACCCCCCGGUCGACCCAUGGCGAUCGACGGGUCGAGCGGGCCAGUCGUCCGGCCCGGGACUCGCGGGUGAAGAACUGA